AUGGCAUCUAAUGACAAUUAUGACAUAAACGAAACCAAAGAUGAAAAUUCCUCAGAUAUUGCUGAUUCGGAUUUAGAGACUCUAACAAACAAGUCUUAUCUUGGAGCUUUUGGGACUAUUACUGUAGCCUUUAAAGCUUUAGGUAUUGUCUAUGGAGAUAUUGGUGCGGCACCGAUGUAUG